AUGCUAGCUGAGGCAGAUGGCACGGUUCCCCAUGGAAGCGACAGCUCUAUGAGGACAAGCAAUAUCAAUAAUAAUAUAAAUCCGGACUCUUCAAUCUUAAUAUCGAAGAUGGAAGACGUUGUCAUCCCGUUCUCGUCUGAGGUGCCCUGCGACAAUAAUGGACAGCGCAUGUGGUGGGCAUUCCUCGCCUCCUCCAUGGUGACGUUUUUUGGGGGUCUCUUCAUCAUUCUGCUAUGGAGGACCCUCAAAUAUCUGUGGACUGUUUGCUGCCAUUGCAACAUUAAAAACAAGGAGGCUCAGAAGGUGAACAACCCCGCCAACAAUCAGGCAGCAGAAAGGGCACCAAAGGGCCCUGAUGAGAAGGAGGAGGCUCCAGCCAAUGAAGUGGGAUGGAUGACUUCAGUCAAAGACUGGGCCGGUGUCAUGAUCUCCGCUCAAACGCUCACUGGCAGAGUUCUAGUGGUGUUAGUCUUUGCGCUCAGCAUCGGGGCCCUCGGAAUAUACUUUAUAGACUCCUCAGACCCUAUAGAAUCCUGCCAGAACUUCUACAAAGAUUUCACGUUACAGAUCGAUAUGGCCUUCAAUGUCUUCUUCCUUCUUUACUUUGGCCUGCGGUUUAUAGCAGCCAAUGACAAGCUGUGGUUCUGGCUGGAGGUCAACUCAGUGGUUGACUUCUUCACUGUUCCUCCUGUGUUCGUCUCUGUCUACUUAAACAGAAGCUGGCUUGGUUUAAGAUUCCUGAGAGCACUAAGAUUGAUACAGUUCUCAGAAAUUUUACAAUUCUUGAAUAUCUUGAAAACAAGCAAUUCCAUCAAGCUGGUGAACCUGUGUUCCAUCUUCAUAAGCACAUGGCUCACAGCUGCUGGAUUCAUACAUUUGGUGGAAAACUCAGGGGAUCCUUGGGAAAACUUCCAAAAUUCCCAGUCACUAUCCUAUUGGGAAUGUGUCUACUUGCUGAUGGUGACUAUGUCUACGGUGGGCUACGGGGAUGUCUAUGCAAAAACCACCUUGGGGCGCCUCUUCAUGGUCUUCUUCAUCCUUGGUGGUUUGGCCAUGUUUGCCAGCUACGUCCCUGAAAUCAUAGAGUUAAUAGGAAACCGCAAGAAAUAUGGUGGUUCCUAUAGUGCGGUUAAUGGGAGAAAGCACAUUGUGGUCUGUGGUCAUAUUACCCUCGAAAGUGUCUCCAACUUCCUCAAAGACUUCCUACACAAGGACAGGGAUGAUGUCAAUGUAGAAAUUGUUUUUCUCCAUAAUAUUUCCCCUAAUCUUGAGCUGGAAGCCUUGUUCAAACGCCAUUUUACUCAAGUAGAGUUCUACCAGGGAUCGGUUCUCAACCCUCACGAUCUGGCCCGAGUGAAGAUCGAGUCAGCAGAUGCCUGCUUAAUCCUAGCCAACAAGUAUUGUGCAGAUCCUGAUGCUGAAGAUGCCUCCAACAUUAUGAGGGUCAUAUCCAUCAAGAACUAUCACCCCAAGAUCAGAAUAAUCACACAGAUGCUACAAUACCACAAUAAGGCCCAUCUACUGAACAUUCCAAGCUGGAACUGGAAGGAGGGCGAUGAUGCUAUCUGCUUGGCAGAGCUGAAGGCAGGCUUCAUUGCGCAGAGUUGUCUGGCCCAGGGCCUGUCCACAAUGCUAGCCAACCUCUUCUCCAUGAGGUCCUUCAUUGAGAUUGAGGAGGACACAUGGCAGAAGUAUUACCUUGAAGGAGUGGCUAAUGAGAUGUACACAGAAUAUUUGUCCAGUGCCUUUGUAGGCCUCUCCUUCCCCGCUGUCUGCGAGCUGUGUUACGUGAAACUGAAGCUGUUGCUUAUUGCCAUUGAAUUCAAGUCUGAGCAGAGAGAGAGCAGCAUUCUCAUCAACCCGGGCAACCAUGUCAAGCUGCAGGAGGGAACACUGGGAUUUUUUAUUGCUAGUGAUGCCAAAGAAGUAAAAAGAGCAUUUUUCUACUGCAAAGCUUGUCAUGACGACAUCACAGACCCCAAAAGGAUCAAGAAGUGUGGCUGCAAGCGACUGAUUUAUUCCAAAUAUAAGUAUAACGGAUUUGUCAGAUCACCAGCAGAUGGCGCUACAACACCAGGGAACAGUGGAAGCCAUAAAGAGGCUGGCGUUCGAUUCAAAGCCGAUUGCAAUAUAGUUGAAGAUGAGCAUCCAUCAACGCUCUCGCCCAAAAAAAAGCAGCGCAACGGAGGGAUGCGAAACUCACCCAACUGCUCGCCCAAAAUGAUGAGUCGACACGACCCCCUUUUAAUUCCUGGAAAUGAACAAAUUGAGAAUAUGGACAUGAACGUGAAGAGGUAUGACUCGACAGGGAUGUUUCACUGGUGCCCUUCAAAAGACAUCGAAAAAGUCAUCCUGACCCGGAGUGAAGCCUCCAUGACAGUGCUAAGCGGCCAUGUAGUGGUCUGUAUAUUUGGGGAUGUCACGUCCGCUUUAGUGGGGCUGCGAAACUUGGUGAUGCCUUUAAGAGCCAGCAAUUUCCAUUACCAUGAGCUAAAGCCUAUUGUUUUUGUGGGCUCGCUGGAUUACCUUCGGAGAGAGUGGGAAACUUUACACAACUUCCCCAAGGUCUCCAUCUUACCUGGUACACCAUUAAGUCGGGCAGAUUUAAGGGCUGUCAACAUCAACCUCUGCGACAUGUGUGUAAUACUGUCAGCCAAUCAGAACAAUAUCGAAGAUGCCUCUCUGCAGGAUAAGGAAUGCAUCUUGGCAACACUCAACAUCAAAUCUAUGCAGUUUGAUGACAGCAUUGGGGUCUUACAGGCUAAUUCCCAAGGUUUCACGCCUCCUGGAAUGGACAGGUCAUCUCCAGACAGCAGUCCAGUACAUGGUUUCGUGCGUCAGGCAUCUGUCACCACCGGAUCCAACAUCCCCAUCAUCACAGAACUAGUGAACGACUCAAAUGUUCAGUUCUUGGACCAAGAUGACGAUGACGACCCAGACACAGAGCUGUACCUCACUCAGCCGUUCGCCUGCGGCACCGCCUUCGCUGUCAGCGUACUCGACUCCCUAAUGAGUGCGACAUACUUCAAUGAUAAUAUCCUCACGCUGAUUCGGACGCUGGUCACAGGGGGAGCCACGCCAGAGCUGGAGGCUCUGUUGGCUGAGGAGAAUGCUCUCAGAGGAGGCUACAGCACACCGCAGACUCUGGCCAACAGAGACAGGUGUCGCGUCGCCCAGCUAGCCCUCUACGAUGGGCCAUUUGCUGACUUGGGGGAUGGCGGCUGCUAUGGGGAUUUAUUCUGUAAAGCACUGAAGACGUACAACAUGCUGUGUUUUGGAAUCUACAGAUUAAGAGAUGCUCAUCUCAGUACGCCAAGCCAAUGUACAAAACGAUACGUGAUCACAAACCCACCGUACGAGUUUGAACUGGUGCCCACCGACUUGAUCUUCUGCCUAAUGCAGUUCGACCACAAUGCCGGCCAGUCCCGGACAAGCUUGUCCCACUCUUCCCACUCCUCCCAUUCCUCCAGCAAAAAGAGCUCCUCCGUACACUCCAUCCCGCCAUCGAACCGGCAGAACCGCAGCAGUAAGACCCGGGAGGCCCGCGAAAAACAGAAUGCAACAAGGAUGAAUAGAAUGGGCCAAGAAAAGAAAUGGUUUACAGAUGAACCAGAAAAUGCCUACCCAAGGAACAUUCAGAUCAAGCCCAUGAGCACUCACAUGGCCAACCAAGUCAACCAAUACAAAUCCACUAGUAGUCUGAUUCCACCAAUCAGAGAAGUUGAAGAUGAAUGCUGAACACCAGGUUUUCUUGCUGACUCACCAGACAUCUGUACGCUCUUUCGAAAGAGACUGAAGGAGAUCACCAAUGGAGGCGUGAUGAUGACGAUAAGGACGGAGGUGUUAAAGACUGACACAUUUCUCCUCACUCAUUCUUCUAAUUGAGGGUUGGACAGGAACCCAGACUGGAAAGGGACCUCCUAUGUGUAUAUGAUUAAUGUUACUUCCAUGCUCUUGGACAUUGUUUUAUUUAUUUAUGUAUCCAUAGAGAUGUACAUAAUGACAAUCAAAUAUGGAUUGUACAGCCCCGCCCCUCUAGCACUUUUUGGAAUUAUUUUGAAAUUUGACAAAAAAAAAAAAGUACUUCCUGUAAUUCUUUGCAAUAGUUCACCUCUUCAUGUGACCAGACUCCAUGACUAAGGUGACUGGUUAUCGGAGGAUGAGGGUUGCGGCGAUAAACUGGUCAUAUCAUCUCCCAAAGAUUCACUCAGUUGCAUCGCAUCAAAGCAGCUGGGUUCAUCGCGUCACAUCUCCCGUCUGCUUCUGUUCUAUUUGCACUAAAACUGAACAAGUUUCUUUCCACAGAACAACUGGAAACAUCAACACCCCCACCUCCCCUACCAAUAAAGUGUCUCUGAGGAGAUGACAGAGGAAGGGAAGGAAGGAAGGGCUGCUUGGCUUUGGAGGCAUACUAAUUUUGUUCUCGGUUUGUUAUUCAUCAUGUCAUUGCUUUUAAAGUUUUGCUGUUUCACCUUGACUCGCCGUGUUGAGUGAGAGCAUUACAGGCCUGCAAAACGAAAUCAUAUUGCAAAACAAUAAUCUGUGGAGAAUGGUGCCAUGUUGGUGCAUGCUGGCUGGAAGAGAGCUCAUGUCUUCUGCUGAUAUGUCAGAUACCUAUGCCUGAGCCCAGUAGAUAGUGUGGUUGAUUAGCCUGAAUACAUGAAAAGGAUGCAAACAAAAAACAAAAACCUGCUCUGUCCUUCAUGCAUUCAGGAGUGUUUAUGUACAAGCUCUGUGUAUGUGUGUCGUAUUACAGCCACUUGUCCUUCUGAUGCUGCACCAUCACCCCCCCCCCACCAACGCUGAUUUGUAUGUGAUGGAGCACCUUUGAGGGAACAGCAUGUCUAUAAAAAAAAGUCAAUCUAAUAGACACAAACAGUAGGAGAUUCUAAUUCAUCUGGAUCUACUAACAAAGGCAUUAAGUUGCAUUCAAAAACAAACCAAAAUAGCCAACUAUGAUUGAGCGUACUUAACGCGAACAGCAGCUGUGUGGCCACCCAAAAUGCAGCAGAAUUGGGAUCGCAAAGCAGAGUGGAGUAUUGUCUGUAACAUGGAGAUUAUAUAUGAGGAAAGAAAUGCCACAUAUUGCAUAAAAGUGGGCAUCAAUGGGUCCUCCUCUGAUCGGUGCAACUGCCUGGCACAGGGUUGGCACAGAGGCAGUAAAGAGCUUGGAUGUUCUCUGUUGCCAGCCCAGAUGUCACAUGCCUCAAAAACUCUAAGGCAUUAAGCUGCUGUGUUCGGUCCUCUAACACGAGGAAAUGCUCAAGCAUAGUUGGUGGAAAUGCAACAAUGCCACAGACCGCUAAUAAGGACGGGGACGAGGAACGUGCUCGGGUCCAACACAGGAGUGUGUUUUGUGUGCGCUAACACACUCAUAGAUCCAAAUUAGGCUGUCGCAGGGAUGGGGGAUUGACCCGGUAGCCUUGUACUCCUAAUAGUCAACUUCAUCCAAAAAUGUAGUUGGAUUUAUACGUUUCAGCAUAAUUAUUUUAUAUCCAUAAACAUAAUCAAUUUGUACUUAUUUUUCUAGUCAAGAGCAAAGUGAAAAGUACUUUAGAAGACUAAAUUGAUAUAUUUAAUUAAAACUACAUAUCAAAAGAUUUUAUGUUUGACUAUCACUUUAUUUCACAUAUUCUAAAACAAAUGAUUAUUUUUUUAUCACCCCAGCCCCUCUUUGACAGACUGCAUCACUCUGGAGCUAACAAAGCUUAGACUAGCUUGCAUUGUGAAAACAUCUUCAGCUUGGCAGCUCAGCUCUGUUGAGUGCUUCUAGAAAUAAAUUUAGGCUAAUCCGAAGCCUCCUUUGGUUGCACAGAUGCAGUGUCUACUAAACAAUGUGUCUACUACUAAGCGUCCCUCGCUGAGAACAUGCAUAAAGGAAAGGAAGGUGGAAAGGAGUUGUGUUUAUGGGGUGGGAGGGUAAAUGUAUUUAACUAAGGAGCAGAUUAGAAUGGUUAAUAAUGAUGGGAAGAAUAUAAAGUCGCUCCCACUGUGUGUAGACAAGAACUGAAUGACCUCUAUUAGAUGACCGUGACCUAAAUUAGGUCCCAAGUGUGGAGUAGGAAUGUAUACACUGCUGCACAGUGUGCUGGUAUUUUCCACAGAAUAUGAUUUUGAAUAUGACCGGGAGACGCUGCCUGUUUAUUGCAGUGAUCCUCCUCUGUAGACUGUAGAGAAAAAGGUCAUUCUGAAAAAAGAAAACAGUUUUGGAAUAUGGAAAAGAUGAUACUGUGCUAAAUAUGUUUGUGUAAACUCAACCCAUUAUAUAGAUCACAUUUCUUUCUCAAUCAAAAUGAUCUGAGCCUCAGUGUCCGUCUGUUGGGUGUGGUGCAACUAUGCUGACGCCUCAUACACAUUGUCCUGAAGUGAACUUUUGAACUGUGAUUACAUCGUUGUCACACAUUGUAGCAAAUAGGUUUCUUUUCGGAAAAUAUGUGAGUAAAAUGUAUGUAUAAUUGGGUUGUUAAUGGCAUAAUUUCUAGCCUGAACAAUAAGGAAUUAUUAAUAUUUGGUAAUGUCAGUCGCUCAUUAUACAUAAAAAUCGACAAACUGAUUGUUCUGUUGAAUUAAAAAAAAAAAAAGUUAAAUAUGUAUCACAAAAAUAAAAGAUCUUGGUUACUUGUAGGAAUGCAGAGACUAUUCCAGUACUGUAUGUGACACAUGGAAAAGUUGGGCAGAAUUUGAUCAGCCAUCACGAAGAUGGAAGGUAGCACCAAUUCAGCAAUUAUCAAAAGACAGGACGUCCUUAGUUUUCCUGUUUCUAUUACUUUGCGUUAUAACAGGGUUUACAUUCCAUUUUGUCAGCUUGCCAUCAUCUGUCACAAACUGUCACAACUGUUUAUUUGUUUACAGAGUAUUUUUAAGGCACUUAAACAUAGCAUUGUUCAGAAAUAAAGUGGUACGUGCUGCAAACUGGCAUAAACUCAAAGUAAUGCACCCUUUACUUUCAGUAUACUUGAUUACUGUGCUGUUUUUUUUUGUUUUUUUUUUGUUUGUUUAAAACUGAACCCUCAUUGCACAACUCAUUCAGGCUGGCAUUAUUCACAACACUGGACUGAGAUGUCUCUCCUUUCUACACCUUUUCACAUGUUUUAGGUCUUUGCGUUGUAUACCUCUAAAGUUUUAGAGAGCUUUUGAAGUGCCAUGAAGCGUUUAGUCGAGCAAGCAUCCUUCAGUCAUUCAGGGACACAGGCUUCCUUUAAGGGAGCCCGAGUGUUUUCCACUGUGAGAAUAAAGUCUUGUACUGACAUGGGGAACAUCCAAGCCAUCAAUGCCUCCAUGCCAGUAUAGUGCCAGGCAGUGCACGAGGGCAAGAGGGAGGGCCCGUGUUAAGUCCCACUAAAGCGAAAAGUGGCAUAUGGGAGGCCCGAGGGGCUGAUGGGGCAGAUGGAUACAAGCCUCAGUCAAUAAAUCACACAUAUCCUUUCUGCCAGUUGUUUUGUUAAAGGUUAUCAGGUAGUGUCAUAUAGUGCAAUGAGAUAUGGAUGACUGAAAGAUGCGCAGAGGCCCUUGCCUGUAACAUCAGAUGUGUUGUUUUCCACUGAACAAAUCAAAAGACUCUGAUGCGUCAUAUGUUAAUGUUACAGUAUGUUGCAUUAUUUUUGUUAAUCUAUUUUUUUGCUGUAAAGGAUGGAAAUAAAGACUUAUUUGCUGGGAAAUGUACUAGAUAUAAUAGAAUAUAAAAUACUUAUGGGGAUGGGAGGCGGGUUUCAAGUCUUAAUAAUACAUAAAAAUUGCAUUGAGCAAUUUUUUUUUUUUUUUUUUUUUUUUUAAGAAAAGUUGCUUUUUUUGGCUGCCUAUCAGUUCAGGAAGAAUUCAGGAUAUUACUCUUGUUUAUCACAGAUAGGAUUUGUUAGCACAUCAUCACUGCAGCAAAUGGAAGUUUGACACAGCAGUUUAAUUAGUUUGGAUGCGUUCUAGAUAUGAUGGAUAAAUUGAUUAUUUGAUGGUGCUGAGUUGAUCUACCUGACUCUGUCAAAUAUAAUCUGCUGAUAAAUAUACUGUCUUGUACAAAAAACUGUACAUAGAUUGUACAUGGUUUCUUUUUGUAUUUUCUCAAAUUAAAAUGGAUGUAUUUGUGUUCUAAA